AUGAAGCUGCGAUCACUCCUCAUACCAGUCGCCUCCCUGGCGUCUUUGACAGCCGGGUACGUGGUUUAUGAAAAGGGGAACACCUGUACCCUCUAUCCUGAGUCUAUCAACCAUAAAGGGCGACCUGCGGAUGAUGCACCUUCAAUUCAUAAGGCAUUCCAGAAAUGCGGUAUCGAUGGUCGAAUUGUUUUCUCCAACAAUACCUUCAACAUAAAUUCCGUUUUGAACACCACAAAUCUCGAGAACUGUGAUGUCUCACUGCAAGGCGAGCUGCUAUUCUCUGACGAUAUUUCCUACUGGCUCUCCCAUUCAUAUUCUGUGGUCUUCCAAAACCAGUCCACUGCAUGGCUCUUUGGCGGAACCAAUGUCACUUUCCGUGGUGAAGGAGGCUGGUACAAUGGGAAUGGCCAGGCUUGGUACACCGAGAACAGGAAUCAAAGUAACCAGCCAGGUCGACCUAUCAGUAUCACCUUCAUCAACUCCAAAAACCUACUUGUGGAUGGCCUCAUUGUCAUUCAACCUCAGUUUUGGGCUACUUUCGUGUCCUACAGCAAAAGCUUUUCUAUCACAAACCUUUACGUGAAUGCUACAAGCAGUGAUGAAUGGGGCACUGUCAAUACCGACGGAUAUGAUUCUUGGAAUAGUGAUACUCUGCUGGUCGAAAAUGCAGUUAUCACCAACCAAGAUGACUGUGUGGCCGCUAAGGGCAAUACCACCAAUCUGCACCUUAAGAAUGUCACCUGUCACGGAAACUAUGGCAUGACAAUCGGAUCUGUCGGCCAAUAUCCCACAAUGCCUGACUACGUGCAAAACGUCACCUUUGAAGCUGUUCGCUGUCUGAAUUGUAUUGAGGGUGCAUUCAUCAAGACAUGGCAAGGAAUUGUUGAAGAUGUAAGCUCUAAUGGGGACAGUGGAGGUGGCGGUAGUGGCCUGAUCAAGAAUAUCACCUACCGCAACUUCGAGUUGACCAACGUCGCGCUGCCCAUUCAGAUCUCUCAGUGCAUUUACACUGAAGGUGGACAAAACUGCAAUACAUCCAAGAUGGCCAUCGAGGAUGUGACAUGGUCGAAUAUCAAAGGCACUUCUCGAUACAAUAUCGCGGCUUCGAUAUACUGCUCUGACGUACACCCUUGUCCUGGGAUCAAGUUUGAGGAUAUCGAGCUUCAGUCUGUGAAUAGUACGUUGGGCUUGCCAAUGUAUGGGACUGAUAUCCAGCAUGAAGUCUAUCAGUGUAUAAAUAUUGUGGAUGAAGAUGAUUCCGGCGUUCCUUGCAAUCGUGCUGCACCGGACGAUUAUGGACAGACCGUCACUUCAAAUGUGAAGGACGCAUAG